AUCUUCCUUGUGAUGAUGGUGGCACGGGCGUCGGCAGCAUCAGGAGGUGAGGUGGUGAACGACCAAGUGUUAGAGAGAAAGAGAGUUGAUUUUGUGAGUGGAGAGGGGAGAGGAGACAGGGAUGGAGCAGAGCAAAGGAUGGGGCAAGCAACAAACUUCACUUCCUUCCACUCAUCACCUCCUGAUUGUCAGAGGAGCAAGAGAGUUGUGAGAGACCAGCUGAGAGCUUUUGUUGUUGUUGCUCCCUCCCUCCCUGCACUGCCUCUUCCCUGGCUCCCCUCCCAAAUCUCUCCCUCCCCCUCUCUUGCCAUUUUCUGCCCCUGUUAUAGCUCCAGUUGUUCUGUUUGUUCUUCAGUUCUGCAGGCUCCUUUGUUUGUUCCUGCUUACGUUCUCAUGCUGCCACUGUCAUGGUCUAGAUACAUACAUGCCCUUGGAUAUGUUCAGCUAGCUUCUUUUCACCUGCCGAAUUCUUGUUUAAUGCUUCUUUUACGUGCUCGGACGCCACUGCACUUGCAUUGCUUCCACAACUCGUCAAAAAGUUUGGUACUUCAAUUCAAACCUGUUCUUGUGAGGUCCAGGGAGGAGGCAAACUUGUUCAUCCAUACAUGUUUAAAAUCUGUUUCAUUUUCAAACAGAUACUUCCACUGCGCUUCCAUUCCAGGCUUCCAGCAUCCUCUUCCUCCAACACGCUCGUUGACGCGUGGCUCUUUGGUUGCAACAAUGAGCUACCAUAAGGAGUGUUUGGAAGGAGUGGAAUCGUCAGAGUUUUCCAUCGGACCUCCCUCGACACUUGAAGAUGUAUAGCUUUUAAGAGUGCAUAAGUCGGUGACUGCUAGCAGGACAAGCAUCCAUGCAGUGAUUUUUCACUCGGUUUCUCUUGUACAUAAACUCUGUUUUUGUC